AACAGGCAGCCAGUGGAGGGAAGUAAGCAGGGGGGUGACGUGUGAGUAUUUGGGAAGGUUGAAGACCAGACGAGCUGCUGCAUUCUGGAUAAGUUGGAGGGGAACAGUGGCAUAUACCUGGAUCAUUAAAGAGGAGUGCUGAUUUAUUUUGCAUUUCAAAGAUUCCUGGUCAUUCCUGGUAUUUCUUGUCAAAUAGUGAUUACAGUUCCAUUAUUGCUGCCAGUAAUUUCCUGAAUAUGGCAUUUCCUGCUGCAACUGGCUGGAUCUCUCCUGCCAUUCCCAGGUUUAUUACACCUUUUUACGUGCCUGUGGGUAAAGGCGUGGCUUGACCUGUUAUCAUAUAUAAGUAAGCUUUGGAAGACGAUCUCCUAUAGUUCAGCUGCAAGAUACAAGUUGAAAGUGUGUGACACUCUCCUCAAAAAUGGGUAAAUGGAUUAUCAACCAUGGACUGUCUGCUGCCAUACUGGUUGUGUGGAUGGCCAUCAAUAUAUUUCUUUUUGUCUACUACUAUUUUAUUUAUGAUUUGGGGGAACGCUUCUUCUACACACGGCACAUUCUAGGGUCAGCACUGGCUUGGGCCCGAGCCCCGGCGGCAGUUCUCAACUUCAACUGCAUGCUGAUCCUACUGCCAGUGUGUCGCAACCUGCUGUCGCUCGUAAGGGGGUCAUUAAUGUGUUGUGGCCGCUCAGCAAGGAAACAGUUGGACCAAAACCUCACAUUCCACAAACUGGUGGCAUACAUGAUUGGCUUAAUGACAGCGGUGCACACGAUUGCCCAUUUAUUUAACAUGGAGUGGUACAACAACAGCCGACAAGGACUGUAUGAUGACUUAAGCACUAUCCUCUCCAAUGAAACCAACCUGAAUCCUGUUCCCUCUGCCUCUACCACACCGACUAUUGUGGCAUUCACCACCAUCGCAGGGCUCACUGGUGUCAUCAUCACUCUGGCACUCAUCCUCAUCAUCACUUCGUCAAUGGAGGUCAUCCGCCGGAAUUAUUAUGAGUUAUUCUGGUAUACCCACCACCUCUUCAUCAUCUUCUUCAUCGGGCUGGUCAUUCACGGAGUUGGGCGGAUUGUCCGUGGCCAGGUGCCUGACGACCCUCACAACGUUUCCCACUGUAAGGACCAGCCGCUGGCCUGGGGCAAGAUAGCUGAGUGUCCCAUUCCACAUUUUAAAGGGGGGUUCCCGAAGACCUGGAUGUGGGUAAUCGCCCCCAUGAUCCUGUACCUCUUUGAACGUAUUCUGCGCUUUAUUCGUUACCUGCAGCCUGUCAGGUACAGGAAGAUUGUCAUGCGUCCCUCGAAGGUGCUCGAGCUCCAGCUGGUGAAGGAUGGUUUUAGGAUGGAGGUGGGCCAGUAUGUCUUCCUGAACUGCCCCACCAUCUCCCAGCUGGAGUGGCACCCCUUCACCAUGACGUCUGCCCCAGAGGAAGACUUCUUCAGUGUGCACAUCCGCUCUGUGGGGGACUGGACGCAAGGCCUCAUCGAUGUUCUAGAGCAACUGCCGGAAGGGGCUGAGGGACCCAAAAUAGCAGUGGAUGGCCCUUUUGGAACCGCCAGUGAGGAUGUGUUUGACUAUGACGUCAGCAUGCUGAUUGGCUGCGGAAUUGGAGUAACGCCCUUUGCGUCCAUUCUGAAAUCCGUCUGGUACAAGUUCAAGGAGUCAACCCCAAAACUGCGAACAAGAAAGAUCUAUUUCUAUUGGCUAUGCAGGGAGACACAUGCCUUUGAGUGGUUUAUAGAUAUCCUGCAGGCGCUUGAGACAGAGAUGGAGGAGAGAGGAAUGGCCAACUUCCUCACCUAUAAACUGUACCUCACUGGAUUCGACCAGAGUCAUAUUGACUAUGAGAACCCUCGCUUUGACCAGGACACUGACAUUAUCACAGGUCUCAAACAGAAGACACACUAUUGCCGGCCCAUGUGGGACAGAGAGUUUCAGCAGAUUCGGAAAGAGAAUCCCACGUCGGUGGUUGGCACGUUCUUGUGUGGCCCCGAGGGAAUUGCCAAGACCUUGGAGAAAAAAUGCAUGAAGUUCUCAGAUGUGGAUCCACAAAAAACACAGUUCUACUUCAACAAGGAAAACUUCUGAUUGGAACCCCAGCAACUAAGCCCACAAGAAAUCAAAAUGUUACAUUGUGUGGUGAAGUAUUUUAGCAUCAUCUAUUGUGGAAAGCGUUCAAAAUGUUUUCUUGCAGUGGAAUGGCAUCCCUCUGAAGGCUGCUGACUAAUUUUUAGAAGGGAACAAUGUGUUUCCACUGCAAACCUUGGAGGUCCACAUCAAAACACUGAAUAUUGCAGUUGUGGACACAAUACAAUGCUAAUAUUCUUGUGACUUGCCACUCUGCCGAAGACACAACCACAUAAAAGCAGGUGUAUCUUUAAUUGCUGCAUGGCAAUCAACUAUGAAAUCACAGCCUUUGCCCUGGUUAGAGUCGAUAUGGGUAAACCAUUUAUCAGAUUGUCAAUUCAAAGUGCAGAUCUGAAGUAUUUCAGAUUCAUAAGAUAACUAUUGCAUACUGGCAAGGAGAGUCUGUUCCUGUAUUUGUCAACUGAGGACACAAAUAUGAAAUAGAUAGACUAGAAGCCUUUGGGGCUAACACAACAAUGUCAACAAUGUCUUUAUCAGAGUGCAAUGUUCACCUGAAGGCAGGUAAAUAGAGGGACUGAGACAAGCUUAUUCACUAGUUCUUGCAUUUAAUAUGAAUUUAAUCAGAUAUAAACAAUCGUAUUUUCAGAAUCAUUCCAAGAAUGAAUACUAUUUUUGGUCACUGUCAUUUCAAUGUCUACUCAACACAGAGUUUCUGUAUAUAUUGUAAAUACAUUAUCUGGAAGUUAUUUAAAGACAUGUAAAUACAUUUGCAAAAUA